AAGACCUGAAUAUGACACCAAUUAUACUUUUUCUUUUUUCAAUCAUCAUUUGCAAUAAUGGUUUCAAUAUUGAUACAAAUUUUCCGAUUGUGUACCAAGAUCCUUUAUUUUCAAAUUCAGAAAAGUCAAGCUAUUUCGGAUAUUCAAUCAUUUUAUACCCUGGAAGUAAAAGAUAUCCUCCUUGGCUUUUAGUAGGUGCCCCCAGAGCCAACAAUCCCUUCAAUUCUUACAAAAAUCCGGGAGCUUGUUUCAAGUGUGGUAUCGGCGAAAAAUGUAACAUUUUUAAUUUCACUGAUUAUCCUGCAUCUAUUCGAGGCUAUGAGGAAAAAUUAGAUGGUGCUUGGAUCGGGGGAUCAAUGGACAUAAGUUACACAUUUGGUCGCGUCGUUGUCUGUGCCCCUCGUUGGAUCAAAAUAAAGAAGAAGAACAGCAAGAAUGAUGAUUUUCAAAUGGAAGGGGCUUGUUACUGGUUUCACACGAAUGACAAUACGACACAAAAAUUAUUACCACUGAUUGAACCCGAUCAUGCUGUUUACUCAUCUCCCGGAGGUGCUGUGUACAAUUACGCACAGGGAGGGGCCGGAAUAUCCGCUCAUAUGCCGGUGAAAGAAAAACAUUUGGUUCUGGGGGCUCCGGGUGUCUUCAACUGGGACGGAACUUCAAUUUUAUACAAAGACAGUGACCACCAAUCUCCAGUAGCCAGUCGUUUGCAAAAUAAAAAACAAAGAUAUGCCGACAUUGACGAAUUUAGUACCUUGAAUGUUGCAAACGCUAUGUUAACUUCCCAGACUGUGGCUUACGAUUUGCUCGGUUACGCCACAACUUCCGGUUAUUUUUACCGGAAAUCACAACUUUUGUACGUCACAGCUGCCCCCAGAUCGGACUACAAAGGACAAGUUUUGAUUUACAAAUUUGAAGAACAUCCAGAGAGACCGUUAGAUGUGAAAGAAACCAAGUUUGGUCAACAAUUUGGGGAAUAUUUUGGUGGUUCCCUGACUGCAGGGGAUAUAAAUGGUGAUGGGUUGGAUGACUUGGUCGUGGGAGCCCCAUUUCACACCACGGGGAAGUUUAAUGAAGGGAAAGUUUACGUUUUCUUGGGGAGCAGUUCUGGUUCUUUGCGAGUCCCCAAACGGGAGUCCAUCCUCGGGAGGAGUACUAAUGGGCAAUUUGGGAGCACUGUGCAGUUUUUGGGAGACGUGGACCACGAUGGGUUUGGAGAUGUGGCAGUGGCUGCCCCCUACGAGGAGGCCAAAACUGGGGUUGUUUACUUAUACAGAGGUUCAAGUGAUGGUUUAGUAACAAGUUACAGUCAGCGAAUUGUUGGUAAAAAUAUUUAUUCCGAGAUUCGAGGUUUUGGAGUGAGUAUGUCUCGACCUGCAGACAUUGACACUAACAGCUACCCAGAUAUCGCAAUUGGUGCGCAUUUAUCGGGCCACGCUGUGGUUUUACGAUCACGUCCAGUAGUCACAAUUUACCAAAAUUUAAGAUCGUUUUCGCAACAUUUGGAUUUUAAGGAAAAAAGUUUCAAAAUAAGGGCUUGUUUGUGGUAUAGAUUAGACGAAUUAGACGCUCCUACUAUACAAAUCACAAGAUAUUUGUUAGUUGACCAAGAUUUAGGAAGAGCCCAUUUGGAAGGAAGCGAAAGUGUUCAAAAAAUUAGUUUAAACCAACAUCGGCAAUAUUGUGAAAAUUUCACAAUAACUCUUCAAGAUGCGUUUUCAAAUCGUUAUAAUCCAAUUACAAUCUCUUUAAAACACAAUUUUUUAACUGAACCUGAAACGCAAAGAAUACUUUUGGUUGGUACAAAUUCAAUCUCUGAUGAUAUGUUUUGUCCCAGAUGUCCGGUUUAUAACAAACACGAUUCAGUUUCGUCUAGCACAAUCGAGAUUCCUUUUGCUUUAGGUUGUGGGUCUGAUAACAUUUGCAAAUCGAGUUUAGAGUUUACAUCAAGAAUAAUUGACUUUGGGGGCGACGAGGAAUUCACUUUAGGUUCGAAAAACUACAUAACAUUAGAAACUGUUGUAAGAAAUUUGGGUGAGAGGGCGUAUUUGACACAAUUAGAAGUUGAAAUACCCAAAAUUGUGACUUUUCGAAGUAUACCAUCUGUUUGUGCCCAACAGAAUUCGUCAGUUUUGUGUUCGGUUGAUAAUCCAUUGGAAAAUAAUAGCCAGAAAAAAAUUACUUUGGAAUUGGAUAUGACAACUGUAAAUAGUGGAAAAUACGACGAUUCUUUGAAUUUCACUAUCAAAAUAUUUACCAGCAGUGAGAAUGAUAAAGUAAAUGUUAAACAGCUCGUUGUAAAGCUCGGUCGCAAAGCUGAUGUCACCAUUUCUGGAAAAUCGGAGGAGCAAAGUUAUUCGUAUAAAAACAUAACCCAAGGACGGGCUUUUACCCAAAUAUACCAAGUCCAAAAAUUUGGAAGUAGUUCACUAAACGAAAUAUCCAUCGAAAUUAAUAUUCCCCAUAUUUUCUACCAUGAUAAAAGCAUCACUUUUAUAAAUUUGUACCAACCUGUGGGGACACUUGCCGGCCAAAAACUCACUUGUUCGAGUAAUUUUACUUACAUUGUGGAGGAUUUUGGGGUCCUCGAGGACGAAAAAGUCCGUACAAGACGUUCAUUGGGACAAGUUGAAAUUUUUAACAAGUCGACUAAAGUUAAGGAAAGAAUUACAGAUAAUACAUUUGACGCUUUACAAAAUCGCACUUUUUACAUAAAUUGUUCAACGUCUGGAGUGAUUUGUUCAAAAGUUGUUUGUUCUGCUGGUCCUAUUGAGUCAUACCAAACGGCGAUAUUAAAACUAAAAAUGUUUUUUGAUUUCAAUGCAAUCAAAGAUUUGUUUGGCAAGAAGGAUAUAAUUCUGUUUGCGACUCAAGGCCGGGUUUUGGUGACAAAUCCGGUGAAUUUUAUACAAAGUGGUGACAAGACUGAUCAUUUUGAUGUAGUUUCCUUAUUUAUUGGGGAAACAAUAGAAGAAAAAGUGGAACUUUGGAUUAUUAUUAUUUCCGUUAUAGCAGGUUUAUUAUUACUUUUGCUGGUCAUUCUUGGUCUGAUUAAAGCCGGAUUUUUCAAAAGGACUAAAAAGGAAGAAUUGGAACAGCUUAAACAGGAGAUGGAAUUUAAUCAAGGCGGCCAUUCAAAUACGAUGGAGACGCUAGAUGAGAAAGAAACGAGGGAGGAAUUCUCAUAAUGUAUUUUUUUUAUGAAAAAAUUCUUUAAAUACAUUUUUUCUUAUUU